AAAAACCCAAACCCCCAAUUAGUGACUCUUGUGUUUGCCACUUGCUGCAGUAACUUUUCUGCACUUACCUAGCAGCUAGAUUGAAAGGUCUCCAAGGAGUGGCAACAGCUGAAAGAAGCAUUUGAUCCAUAUUCCAUGUCUUAAGUGGGAAGCAUCUCAUGAGCCUGGUCCUAAAUGUGCAUUUCCGCUCUGAGCUUUGCAGAAGGACUGUUGAGGGAGAAAGCCUUGAAAGCAAAAUGAAAAACUGCUACAGAAAAGCUUUCUUGCCAGAAGCUGCUAAAUGAAAUAAGAAAUUUGAGAGAAAUACGUUUCUGCACCUUUACUUUUGAACAAUUUUUUUAUAUACAUGAGUGACUAGAACAUUUUGCAGUUUGCUAUACUUGGAUACACACUUUGGACCAAAUCCAUUCUUCCAUUCAAGUAUUUUAGCUGUCCCAGAUGCUUCUAGAGGAAACAAGUUAAAAAUUUACAAGUGGUGGGUAAGUGAAUGGAUAAAUAUUUAUACAAUAUGUGCUUUUUAGGUAUUUUUUUGUUUGGUAGGUUGGUUUGGUUUUUGUUCCUGAGUUCCACAAAGCAUAUGAAUACAGAGUCUCUCAUUGAAGAUUUUAUUUUUGUGUAGAAUCUGGGCUGCAGGGCCAGAAGUCUGAUACAAAUUGCACUGGGCAAGAUUUUAGCUCUCUCCUUUCACAGCCUUCCACAUCUACAGUGCUUCAGUGAAGAAGGGUUUUGGGUGGAACAAGCCCUAAAGCAGAAUGUUUCUUGGAGUAGGCUAAAGCAAAAAUAUUUCCUUAUCAUUGUCCCAUGGGGCCUUUCUACAGUUUGUGAAUAGGCAAUGAAUAGGCUCUCCUGCCAAGGUGAUAAUUUACAUCAGAGCUCCAUGUCCAUAAAAUUAAAUGGUUUAGAGAACUAUUUUUAUUAGCACUGCAACCACAACUAAGGUUGUUUUCUCAGAUGUAUAAGCCUUGCUUUUAUUUUUUGGUUACAAAUUGUGCUAGCAGUUUGAAUACCUUAAGUAGCAAACCCUCUUGAAAAUGAAUUGCAAUAAUGGUUAAAAUUAAAGACUGAUCUAAUAGAUAGUAUUGCUUUUUGGAAGAAAAAUGAGGAAAAAAUCAAUACUUGAGAAAUACAGCCAUCUGAAAACACAUUAGGGUUGUUUUCUUCAACCCAGAGUCCUCUGGCCUCUAGAGAGAAGUGUGCUGAGAAAGUAUCUUUGCUGAACCCACUCUAUGCUUUUACAAAUGCAUUCAUGUUUACAUUUUUUUGCAACGUUUUUACAUGUUUAUUGCAACAUAUAAAGAUCCUUUGACAUGCAAGAUCAAACCUGUUUAGAUUGAGAACACCAAAUGAAAAAACACAUUAGAAACUUAAUUUUCACAUUUCCUGUGUAAUUUGAGUAUUUAAUUCCUCUCUCAGAGUUGGGUUUUCUUGUUAAAGUUUAGUUUACUUUUGAGGGUUUUUUUUGAUGACCACAACAUCUACAUUUUUUCUCUUAACUUGUUCAAAACUGUGCAAGGAGGAAUUUUUAUUAGUUGACCUAUCAGAAUUGAUUGUAUUUUGAGUGUUGAAAUCAGCAAGCUGUGCAGGUGGAACACAUGCUGUUUGAAGUAUUUUUUCUGCUUUAUAUUACUGAUACAAAUUUGUUUAUUAAGUUUUAUUUCUCUUACUCUUAGCAGAAAAUAAAGAUACCAGAUUCAUAUUUUUAUCAAUAUGUUUGUAAACAUAUGCUCGAAGCACAGAUUCUGUAAUAAGUCCUAGAAGUCCUCAAACUUUUGUGUUUUUCACUUUAUACUUGAAAGUUAGGGGGGUUUUAAGUUGCUAUAAAAGUUGUGAAAAUAAUUUAUUGUGUUCAAAUAUGCUGAAAUAACCUUAGUACAGGUCAACUAGUCCACAACAGCACUGUAAGCUGUUAUGCAUUCCCAAUUUAAAUUCUAGACAUCUGGUAAGUCUUAGAUUAUUAUUAAAUGUGUAAGUGCUGUGCCACCAAAGUAAGAGUGGGUGCUGGCAUGCAAACUUAUGUGACAUUUGAAUAUUUUUCUAAUCUGAAUGACUGAUUUUUUCCAGCACAUGACCACAAUCAACAUAUCUAUAUUCCAGUUUCCCUUGGGCUGUUAAACCCUGAGACAUCUGGUGGCAAAUACUGAGCUCAGGAUUGAUACUGCCCUUUUUGUCAGAUGGAGACUAUGGAGGAAAAGAGCAAUCUCCUUGGUUUACAGGCAGACAACAUGGAGCAACCAUUCACUGUCAGCUCAUUGAAAAAGCUGGUGGCUAUUCCUGACCACACAGACAUCUCUGUGACCCCAGAGGAGAGAGUUCGUGCCUUAAGCAAGCUUGGCAGCAAUAUCACCAUCAAUGAGGACAUCACUCCCCGGCGCUACUUCCGAUCCGGAGUGGAGAUGGAGCGCAUGGCGUCGGUGUACAUGCAGGAGGGGAACCUGGAGAACGCCUUUGUGUUUUAUAACAAGUUCAUAACGUUGUUUGUAGAAAAGCUGCCCAGUCACCGAGACUAUCACCAAUGUGCAGUACCAGAAAAACAAGAUAUUAUUAAGAAAUUGAAGGAGGUUGCAUUUCCACGGACAGAUGAAUUGAAAAGAGAUCUUUUAAAAAAAUAUAAUUUAGAAUAUCAAGAAUACAUACAGCACAAAAACAAAUGUAAAACUGAAUUCCUGAAGAAAUUGGAGCACCAAAAGCUAAUAGAGGCAGAGAAGAAACGAAUUGCACAUAUGCGGCAGCAGCAGCUCGAAUCGGAGCAGUUUCAAUUCUUUGAGGAUCAGCUUAAGAAGCAAGAACUAGCUCGAGAUCAGAAGAUCAAAGAGAGUGUGGUUAUGUCUGAACAGAUAGAUGGAAGUAUGCUGUCUUGUAUUUCUGUACCAGAGAACAGUUCCUUAUCUGCGGCACUCCUGGAGAAAAAAGAGAGGCGCGGCACCUCUGGCUGUGCUGGGCACUCGCCGCCAGUGGAACGGGUCUUGAAGCCAGCAGCUACUCUAAGUGCUGUUCAGACUCAAUUGGCCGAAGCACUCAGAGGUGUCAUUUUGCCCAGGGAUCUCUGUCACAAAUUUCUGCUGCUGGCAGAGGCAAAUACAGUAAGAGGAAUAGAGACAUGUGGAAUUCUCUGUGGAAAACUGACUCAUAAUGAAUUUACUAUUACACAUGUAAUAGUGCCAAAGCAAACUGCAGGACCAGACUACUGUGACAUGGAGAACGUGGAAGAAUUAUUUGGUAUUCAGGAUCAGUAUGAUCUCCUCACUUUGGGUUGGAUCCAUACACAUCCAACACAAACUGCAUUCUUAUCCAGUGUUGAUCUUCAUACUCAUUGCUCUUAUCAGCUAAUGUUGCCAGAGGCCAUUGCAAUUGUUUGUUCACCAAAGCAUAAUGACACUGGCAUCUUCAGACUGACUAAUGCUGGCAUGCUAGAAGUUUCUGCUUGUAAAAAGAAGGGAUUCCAUCCACAUACAAAGGACCCUAGGUUAUUUAUUCCAUGUACCCAUGUGGUUGGGAAAGACAUAAAGAUAGUCGUGCUGGAUCUGAGGUGAUACAGAUGAACCACACCAAUGUACUCUACAAAAGGCCAAAAGAAAAAAAUGGAUUCCUGUUUUUUCCUACAUUUUCAGAAAUUACUUUUAUAUUUAUACAUUUUAGAUUGAAUUGUUUGAUAUUUAUUGCUUUAGCCUGUUUUGGAGUUAUUUUGUUGCUCUGUCAAGAUGGAGUUCAGUGGCAUUAACCCUAAAUCUGUAAACAAAUCUCACCCAUAAAACACAAUAAAAUGAACUUCAAACUGCA